AGCGCAUCUAACUGGAGCGUUAAGCGGAUGUGAUUUCCUCACUUGGGAUUGCGAGUUGCUUUUACAGUGGUGGAGUAGGGGCUUUUUAACAAAAUUUGCCAGAAGAUGGGCCACCCUACGACGAUCCUACUGGUGCUGGCUGCAAUGAUGCAACUUACAGACCCACAGCUACCUGCCAUGUCUGGGAUGCAGCUGCCGACACCAAGCACCGAUGACGCACUAUCGCUGGCCAACUACCUGAUGCGUCGACCGUUCGGUCCAAAAAGACCGCGAAGAGAAUGUCGUCUGCUCAGCGAACGAGAAAUGCAGGGCAUUUUUGACGCACUCAGUGCCGCAAAACGGGAUACGAGGAUGAUGCCCAAUGUUUUGGAUGUAUUUUCAUCUCUUCACGCUAACCCGGAUAUAAACACCGCGGCUCACGGAGGACCAGGUUUCUUAUCCUGGCACCGAGUCUACCUAUACCUAUUUGAGAAAAUGCUGCGCAUGUACAACCCAGAUCUGAGCCUGUGUUACUGGGACAGCACGCUGGAACCAGUCAACAUGGGCGAUUCCGCCAUGUGGUCGAGUCAACUCUUCGGCCAGAGGGACGGCACCGUCAACACUGGGUUUGCCUCCGGCUGGAUCACCCCGUUGGGUCCCCUCACGCGAGAAGGGGGCGUUAGGGGCAGAGCCAUGACCACCGUGGACUUAUACAACAUCUUCUCUCGCUCCACGCUUGGCGAAGUGUCCUUCCCGAACGGCGAGAUUCCCUCCAACAUCGAGGAGUGCCACAACCUCGUGCACGUGUACGUCGGCGGCCUGAUGGGUCAGGUGGACACGGCGUCGUACGACCCGAUAUUCUGGUUCCACCACACCUUCAUCGACUGCAUCUACGAGUGGUUCCGAGACCUCCAGGCUCUCAACGGCACGGUGGACAGGCAGCUCGACUGGCCGCUCGACUACGGCGACGCCAACUCCGCGCCCCUCAGAUCGAUGAGGUUCGGAAAGCUGAAGAUGAUCGACGGCGCGAACGACUGGUUCUCCAAGAACACCGUCGACUGCCAGAAGAUGGCCCAGCGAUGUCGGUCGGACACGGAGUGCGGCAGACACAUGAGGUGUAACAGGAUGACAGGCAGAUGCAUAUCGGACACAGUCAGACCCAUAACCUCGCAGUUCAUGAACACCCUGUUUGGAAAUUUCGGAAAUAUCCCCAGCAACAUAGGCAACGUCGGCAAUCUGGGCAACAUCCGAAACAUGUUCGGUGGCAUGAACAUGAACAACAUGAUUCCACAGAUGUUUGGCGGCGGCACGAACGGCCAGAGGAUGGGUCCUGGUGGAAUUCCCGGAGGCGUCGGACAAGGACAGAUGCCGGGAGGUUUCGGUAAUCAGAGAGGCCCCGGUGGCAUGCCAGGACUCAACUCCGUUGGACAAGGAAGGAUGCCCGGAGGUAUGCAAGGGGGUAUGCAAGGCGGUAUGCAAGGCGGUAUGCAAGGGGGCAUGCCCGGAGGUUUCCCAGGCAACCAGCAACCUGGAGGCGGAUUCCCUGGCAGACAAGGCGGAUUUCAAGCAGGUGGAAUGGGUGGCGGUUUCCAAGGUGGUCAGCCUGGUGGGUUCCCUGGCGGUAUGGGCGGUCCCGGAGGUCCUGGUGGUCCCGGCGGAGGACGAGGGGGCAUGCAAGGAUUCCCUGGUCAAAUGAAUGGGUUUGGAAAAAAAUAAAACGAGAAAGGUCUAAGAAUUUGUCUUUGUGAACGCCAUCCAUACAAUGUGUGAAUGUUUGUUUAGCAGGUUGUAUUUUGUUAAUUAAAGUCUAUUUAUUUUCUUCAGAACAUCCUGUCACAUUUAUUACUUAACACAGUCCGUAAACACUCGAUUCGUUGAGCAAAACAACCAAUAAAGCACUCAAACGUA